GAAACAUGGAUCCCCCUCAAUUGCCAACGAUUCCAGAAUUUUUCCGUGAUCGUGAAAUUUUCAUCACUGGAGGUACGGGAUUCCUAGGAAAAGCAAUCAUUGAGAAGAUUCUCUAUUCCUGUCCCGAUAUCCGGAGGAUCUACUUGUUGAUCCGAAGCAAGAAAGGUGUCGAAGUCAGGGAUCGUAUUGAGAAAUUUAAAUCAAAUCAGAUCUUUGAUCGUAUUAGGGUGAAGGAUGAGAAGCUUCUGAAUAAAUUAAUACCUCUUGGGGGGAAUUCAAUGAGUCUUCAACUAGGGUUAAGUGAAGAAGAUCUUGCAAAGAUGGCGAACGUGUCUGUGAUCAUAAAUAGUGCUGCGAGUGUACGAUUCGAUGAACCUCUCCGGGAUGCGAUCUUGAUGAAUACGCGAAGUGCUCGAGAGCUCGUAAUGAUUGCGCAGAAGCUGAAGAAUCUCAAAGUUCUCAUCCAUAUCUCAACAACGUACUGCAAUCCUAGCUAUAAAGUAAUCGAAGAGAAGGUUUAUCCUCCUCUAGCUGAUUGGCGUCAAGUCAUCAAACUUGCUGAGACUGUCUAUCCUGAUAUCUUGGAAACUCUAUCUGCAAAGUACAUGGACUUCCAACCAAAUACCUACACAUUCACAAAGAGUCUAGCAGAACAGAUCAUGAAGGAUUUUUCGUCCAAGUUACCCAUCCUAAUUUUUCGACCAUCAAUAAUUUCUGCUUCUGUUAGGGAGCCUUUUCCUGGGUGGAUAGAUAAUUUUAAUGGCCCCAUGGGAAUUAUUACUGCAUCAGGAACAGGUCUAGCUAGAGUCUUGUACACUGAGACUUCAAUCAAGAGCAAUUACCAGCCACUUGAUGUUUGUGUCCGAUCUCUUCUUGUAGCUAUUUGGAAGCAUAGUGUAGCUCCCAUAACCAAUAUGAUUACCUACAAUUGUGCUUGCAGCAAAGUAAAAGAGAUCAGUAUUGGAAAUUUUGUACAACAUUGCUACAAUAUAGCUAAGGACAUACCCCUAGAUAAAUCAGUGUGGUUACCAAAUUUGACAAUAAUUUCAUACCAGAUUCUUUACAAGAUAGCGGUUAUAUUCUUUCAAGUAAUCCCUGGAAUGUUCUUAGACAUGAUCUUGAGAGUCAUGAAAAAGAAGCCCAUAGCUCUGAGCGUUAUGAGAAAAUUUCAUUUUGCUUCUUUCUCAAUUUCAUACUUUAUGUUCAAUGAAUGGCUUUUUGUGAAUGAUAAUUUCUUCAAUCUAAUGAACGACAUCAAGCUUGAAGACAUGGAAGAGUUUUCAUUUGACUUCUACGAGGCUAUAGAGGAUAGAAGGUAUUUGUACAAUUCAUUGCGUGGUGCUAUAAAAUACCUCAUGAUGCAAAAAGAGGAGAAUAUUCUACGAGCUAAGGGAUGGUCACGUUAUUUUGGAAACUCUACAGGAACAAAAUGGCCAAAAUGUGAGAAUUUCAAAUAAUUUUUUUGAGCACAAAAAUUUAUUUUCUAAAUUAAAAAUACUGAAUUCUUAUCAAUAUUUGGCCAUUUAACAAGAGUGCAAGCAAAUUUCGAAUUUUUGGUUUCAAAAUUGGCUUGAAAAUCGCUCUUGAAAGUCCCCGAGUUUCCAAAAUAACGUGACCAUCCCUUAGAAGAACCUAUAGAAUUCUUUGGGUUCUGGAUAGUGCUGUUAAAAUAAUUUUCUGGUUUGGAGUUUUGUGGUUCCUUUUAAAGCGCUAUGAUGUGUUUAAUUUUAGUUAAAACUAAGCUGUUUUAAAGAAUAAUUUAAAUUUUCAAAGAGUGGGGAAUGUAGUGCUGUUAAAAUUUAUUGGGUUUUUGUGGGAAAUUUUUGGGAAAAAAGGUGAAACGGAAAAAAUAAAUGAAAUAAAUCUUUCUACUAAAA